ACAAACAACCUCACUGGAUCAUCGAACAUGUGUCAACUGUCAUUGUGUGUCGGAGGAAUUUUAAAUUUGUGUUAUUAUUUUUUGUAAUUGCUUUGGAAAGGCAAAAUAUUUCAAUUCGGAGUUCAUUACCGUGUACAACAAUGUCUGCAGAAAUAGCAGAGGUCCAGCUUCAAGUGCGGUUUAUAACCAAACAAGAACAGUAUGCCGUACCAGACAGUCCCUAUGCUAUCCAGAGUAACGUCCAAUCUUCAGACUUGAACACAUUGAUAAAUGCGCUGUUAAAAGAAACGAAUCCAUCAAUAGAGAAAACAGUUGAGUUCGACUUUUUGACAUGUGGGGAGUUGUUGUGUACGUCUCUGGCCGAGCAUUUGCAGGACAAAGGAGUUUCUACAGAAGAUACGUUAGAAAUAGAAUAUCUGGAAAGGUUUCCAGCACCGGCACCACAAGACUGUUUGAUGCAUGAUGACUGGGUGUCCACUGUACACGCACAUUCCAACUGGAUCCUGUCUGGUUGCUAUGACAACAGCAUUCACAUUUGGAGUACUAAGGGACAGCACAAACUUGCCAUUCCUGGCCACACAUCUCCAGUUAAAGCUGUCUCCUGGGUUUCCUUUAAUGGUGAUCAAGCAGUCUUCGCCAGUGGCUCCCAUGACCAAUCAGCAAUGUUAUGGGUGUGGAAUGUUACAAGGAACUCAGUAGACUGUGUGGUGACAUGUCGUGGUCACGAGAAAGGAGUUGAAUGUCUUGCAGUAUCAGCUGAUGGUAACCGCUUUGCAACUGGCAGUUGGGACAACAAUGUGUGCCUGUGGAGUACCAGUUUAUCUGAUGAAGACAAUGUCCCAGCAAAGAAAAGAAGUAAACCAGAACUUGGAAAUACUAGGGAGCCUUUGACAAUAUUAAAAGGCCAUCGAGAAGCAGUUUCUGGUGUGCAGUGGAUGGAUUUCAACACAGUGCUCUCAAGUGGUUGGGAUCACUUGCUGAAGCUGUGGGAUUGUGAACUUGGAGGCCUCAAACAGGAGGUAGCAGGCAACAAAGCAUUUUUUGACGUGGACUGGUCGCCGCUAAACAACAGUAUGAUAACAGCAUCUGCAGACAGACACAUUCGUCUCUACGACCCAAGAUCUACAGACAGCAUCGUGAAGACCACAUUCACGUCACACACGGGUUGGGUGCAAUCGGUGCGCUGGUCCAAGACGAGAGACACAUUGUUCCUCUCUGCCGGCUACGAUGGACAAGUCAAGCUCUGGGAGACCAGAAGUCCCCGAACCCCGCUGUACGACUUGAGCGGUCACGAAGACAAAGUGCUGUGCUGUGAUUGGUCGAACCCUGCGCUGCUCGUCAGUGGCUCCAGCGACAACACCCUCAGAAUAUUCAAAGCGAAACACUACGAGAGCACGUGAAGGUUAACCUUUAAUUCAAUAACAGGCAUUACCUAAUAAUAUACAUUGGAGUUUUUCCACUUUUGCUAAAUGUUUAGAAGUGUUAUUUACAAUAAACGUCCGUCUUAGGUAUGUCUUGUUGUUUAGUGUAUUUUUACUAGUGGAUAAGGUAAAUAAAUAAGUUGACAUUGA